GCCUUGUUUCGAUACCCGGCUAACCCGGCCACAGUGGCGGGAGCUUACGAAGCGAUUUCUUAUCGCCAGCUGUCUGCGAUGGCGCGCCUGGUAAAGCGUAUAAAUUUAGCUCGCCGGUCUCAAAAUGCUCCUUUUGCGAAGUUUUCGUCGUCCUUGCACGUCGCUUCUUUGUCACCGUUCGGUAAGAUUUGCAGCCCGCUGCACCGCUGCGGCAGUUUUCUCGGUUUUGUCGUUUCCUUCGGAGUGCGGCCAGUGCGAAGUCUUUUUCUGUCUUUGCACGCUUCGCGCUCUUCUUUUGAAGCGCUUAGCGCUUCAUUUCAAGAUGAGCUUGCGGCAUGUGAAGAAACGAUGCUCCGUGGUACACUGCGACAGCGUGGAUAGUACCAUUGGUGUCACGCUACACCGAUUCCCGCUGGACUUUCACAGGUGCCGAGCGUGGGCGCAGUUCUGCCGCAACGUCAGCCUGGAGAAGGCGCCGUCGCAGCUACGAGAACUCAGGAUUUGCUCGAGGCACUUCGAACCAUCUGUGUAUCUGCCGUCAGGAAGGCUGCGACACGAUGCUUUGCCUACUCGAGCAAGCAUUGCCGGCAAUCAAGAUGCUACAGCACGAGGAAGUUCAGUGCCGGUGAGUGCUGCCAAUGAGGACGCAAGAAUCGGAGCAGCUGCGAUCCAAAGCUUGGCGGGUGGAGGUCUCGACUGAAACUCACGUGGUUGAUUGCACCGAGAGAGCUGCGCGAGAAAACACUUGUGUCGCGUGCUCGCUUUAUUCUUUAGCGAGUGCGUUUUUCACCGUUCAAAUGGAAUAAAUUGUCGCA